CCAACACCACAACAUCUCCCCAUUCUCCCUCCCUCUCCUCUCCCGUGCGAGCUGGCUGCCGCCCCCCCCCCCCCACGAGCGCGCCCGCGAGAGAGGGAGGCAGGGGGAGCCCGGGCGCUAGCUGGGGGGAGGAGGCGACGCGAUGGAUCUGGAGAGGUCGCCGCCGCCCGAUCACGCCGCGUGCUCCAUCUGCCUGGAUCCGGUCGGCGGCGGCAGGUCCGUCGCCAAGCUGCAAUGCGGCCACGAGUUCCACCUAGAUUGCAUUGGAUCAGCAUUCAAUGCUAAAGGAGCAAUGCAAUGCCCUAAUUGCCGGAAGAUAGAGAAAGGUCGCUGGCUUUAUGCAACUGGACAUCGUCCAUCUCCUGAUAUUGAUAUAGGUGGCUGGGUGACUGGUGAAACCUAUGACAUCACUUCCGAUCUUCCAUUUGGAUUUCAGUGGUGCCCCUUUAAUGGAUUCACACAACUAUCAUCUGUAUUUGAGGAGGGUGAAGUGGAACCAACGUCUUAUCAUACAGCCGGAGAUCAUUCAAGUGCUGCAAGCAGUUCACUUGUUUGCCCAUAUCUUUCACUCCGUGGUUUUCUCCAUCCCAUGCAUGUGCCUUCUAGUUCAAAUCCAGGUACUGAAGGCCCUUCAUUUCAUCGCCAUCCAACUGGCGCGGAAGGCCAUGCAUCUCCUGACUUGAGAGAUGCCCAAGGUUUCCAUGCAACUGAGUCAAGAAAUCUUGAUAGUGAGCACAGAUAUUUGAGUAAUCUUCCUGUAUCAGGAAUCCCAGAUCAUUCUGUACCUCCAUUUGGUAUUGGACUACCCAGAUAUGAAACUAGCAGCCAACAACGAUCGAGACCAUAUGUACAUCACCAUCCCCUAGUCCACAGGCCCACACCUCGCAACGGAAGCAAUCUGGUGGCACCACCAUUAGGGUCAGUACCAGCUGUUAUGGCGGAAACUAGAGGCCAUGGUCAUGGCGCAAGGGGCCAUAUGUAUCAACAGUCGAUGCACUCCUCAAUGCAGAACAGCCCUUUCCCUCCUACAACCAGGAGGGUCAGGCCAAGGGCUUUGGCAAUUACAUCUUUCAUUGCAGCAGCAGCAUCCUCAGCUGAAGUUGGAGUGCCCCAUGGAUUUGCCCCCACUGCACCUGCAAACAGAAACCUUUCCUCUGAUAGCGACGGUGUCCCUAGACCUGUUGAUCGACCAUAUGGGUGGGGUCGGGAGGGCUUUGCACCAUUUCCCUGGGUCCCUGUUGACAGCGAACCUCACUGGUGGAGCACGUUCAAUCCAAUCCAGAACAGCACACAUGGAAGUUUUACUCGAAGACCUGCUGCUGGAGAGCGGAUACUGCAGAGCCACCCGGAUAAUAUUUACCAUCCUGUGCCUCCCCAGAGGAUGCCGCCGUUCUUGUGAAGGCUAUUUCUCCCACCGCUGUGUAUAUGUCUACAUUAGUCGGGAAUUAUUUGUUUCAAGAGAAAUUGAGAUACACUGUCGAAGGGACCUGAAUGGUGCCACCAAUGUGCUCGGUGGUUAAGGGUUUUCUUACCAGCAUCCCUUGAUUUCGUUAAAAUGGCUGUUGUUUAUCCUGUCGCAUAUGUUGCUGUGGCCAGAACUGUUUGUAUAUUGCGCUUAAAGUGCGGUGAACUGCAACUGCUGCCAUUGGACAUAAUUGUGAUGUUGGUUCCUUGUUA